AUGGCAGGGACUUCUCAUGGGGACACUUCUCCUAUGGGAAGAACUCUUCUGGUCACUGCAAAUGUGGGAUCUGUGUUUGAGGAUCCAACCACCAUGUUGAAAAGUUGGACUGAGGCUUUCUUCAAGCAGGCAGAUAUCACCCUUGCACCCAUUUUAUUGCAGGCUGUAUCUUCAGAGAAGCCAGUGUUCAUUGCACUUCAUCUUCAAGAAGUUGGAGGGAAGAAUUAUGAAACCAGCAUGGAAUUCCUUCCCCAAUUCAUUGAGUCCUUGUUGAACAGCACUCAGUUUGAAGAUUUUGAUCGAGCUUUUGUCUUAUUGGAUGAAGAUUACAAUUGUGCAGAGUCAUUCACAGCAUUAGGAAAUGCAUACUUCAUCCACAAGGAUGUGGAGACAGCUGAGAUGUGGGACUUCUCUGAUAAGAAGUACAUGAAGGUAGUUGGGAGAGAGAUCCAUGGUGGGAACAUCGAAGACUUGCCUUUGAAAGAAAAAGCCAAGUUUCCUCUUGAUUUCUUUCCUGAGUGUCCCAGUAUCUACUGCUUGAACAGGAGAAGAGCACUGAUGCAUACUCUUCAACGGUUCGAGGUGGAUGAUUUGCCAAAAAUUCCCCUGUUCCUCUUUGGUGACUUCAAUUUUCGACCAGAUACUCAGGGAGCAAUUGAUAAAUUGACUGAUGGUCUUCAGAAGUUUGUAGAAGAGGUUGAAGAUGACGAAGUAUGGCGAUUUGGAGAUGCACAGUCACUGAAGUUGGUUGUGGGAAAGAAGGAUUUUGUCCUGGAGAACCAUGAUGAGUUCUUCCAAAAUGACAAUGGGAGCUGGUUGAGAGAAUUUGAGUAUGAGUUGGAGUCAUUUGAGGGUAACCUGCAUGAAAUGCCAAUUCAAUUCCCACCUACGUAUCCAUACCUAGAACAACUAGAAGCUCCAUCAUCAUUCAUGCAAACAAGAUGCCCUGCCUGGUGUGACCGUAUCCUCAUGUCUCAGUCUGCACAGAGGCAUUUUAUUGAUGGAGAUAGUGAUUCUGUUCAAUAUAAUAUGGUGGGGAGAGGAUUAUACACCGGGGAUCACAAACCAGUGUACCUUUCAUUCCUACUGCAGCAAGUGGAAGCAGUGCCAGGUACAGAACAUACCACUUCUGAACUUGUAGGGAGCCCUUGUUUGCCUGCAGAUCAUCAGAUUUGUGUUAUAGCUGAUGUUUGGGAGCGCCCUCAGUAUAUACCUCAGGACUCUGUGAUCAGUGAUACUGGUGCAGAAGAUACAGCACCUGAAUGCCCCAUCUCUGUGACCUAUUAUGACAUGACACACCCCGAUGUUGGACAUGUCAUAUUAAGGGAAACCACUGUGUGACUCAACAGGAAGACAGUGCUAGUUGGAUGGUACUUUUUCCAGAAAUCCUGAGUUACACUGGGCUACUUCACAUGUACUUGAAUUGUUUCUCCCUCCCAUUAUGCCUCUCUCCCAUCCCAUCAAGGAAAUUAGUAUUCCUCUCCCAUUCAGUGUCAUGUCUAUCACCUGAAAGCUUGAUGUGGUACUGCUUGGGAAGUCAACACUUCCAUGAUUGAGUAUAUAAGAUGAUACCUGCAUUUGAAAAUAUUGCAUAUAAUGUGUGGAUGGGUAUUAGUUUAUAGUAAGCAUUUUGCAGAUGGGUGAAAAGAUGAUGUUGGAGUAUUUACUAUUGCAUACAACAACUGAAAAUCCAUUUUCUUGAUGAUGUGCCUAAUUCCAGGGGAUUUUACAUAAGGGAAAUGCAUGCAGG